AUGAAUUACAGUGCAUUGGUCUUAGAUAUUGAAGGUACAGUAUGUCCGAUAUCCUUCGUUAAGGAUGCUCUAUUCCCCUAUUUUGUGGAAAAAGUUCCAGUAAUAGUACAAAAUAUUGAACAGCAAAGUAAGGUAAUUAGGGAUAUCAUAUCUCAAUUUAAUAUAGAUGAUAAAGAUGCGCUUACGAAACAUAUACUUGAUUUAGUCGCUGCAGAUAUUAAGGAUCCAAUCCUAAAACAAUUACAAGGUUACAUAUGGGCCGAAGGUUAUAGUUCUGGAGAGAUUAAAGCUCCAGUAUAUCCUGAUGCAGUCGCUUUAAUUAGGAGGCAUGAUAAUGUGUAUAUAUACUCUAGUGGUUCCGUUAAAGCUCAAAAAUUAUUGUUUGGUCAUGUGGCUGACUCCGAUGGGAAAUCAAUAAAUAUGAAUGGCGAAAUCAAAGGAUAUUUUGAUAUUAAUACUUCAGGUGCUAAAGUUGAUGCUUCAUCUUAUACAAAUAUCUUAAAAGAUAUUAAGAUGGAAAAGACACCUGAGAAAGUCUUAUUUCUCAGUGAUAAUCCAAAAGAACUUGAUGCCGCCAAGAAAGCUGGUCUAAUUACCGGUCUAGCUAUUAGAGAUGGUAAUGCGCCUGUUCCAAAUAUUGAUGAAUAUAUCAGUUAUAAAGAUUAUUCAACUUUAUAA